AUGGCUUACAUAUUUUCGUUGAAAGGUAAUCAAUCUGAAAUAAAACAAGAUUUUUUCCCUACAAUUCAGUUAGAUGGUAAUUAUUCCUGUGGAAUGAUCACAUCAAAAGAAUUGAUAAGCUAUGGACCCUUCAGUGGUAGUAGUUUAUCACAUGGUAGUAGUAUAAGAAUUGGGAUUCAAAACAAGGAUGCAAUCUUAUCAUUAUCAGAAUCUGAUCUCCUAAUACAAGGAACCAUUAAAAAAGUUGAUGAUGGUAGCGCUGUUACUUCAGCGCUCAUAAACAAUGGAAUUGCCCACUUAUUUGAAGUUGUAUCAUAUAAAAUGAAUGAACAAGUAAUUUGCACAGUAUAUAAUCCUGGUGUUGCUUCAACAUUAAAUGGUUUUGCAGUGCUCUCAUCAGAUCAAGUUAAAGGAUUAUCAAAUGCUUCAUGGAUUUCUGAUGGACAAUUAGAUGGAACAAAGUUUAAUUUAACAAAAGAUGGAAAUUUUCUUUUUACUGUACCUUUAUCUCUAUUACUGCCAUUUUUUGCUACAUAUAAAAAAGUUAUUACAAAUGCACGUCAUGAGUUGUCUCUCACACGAUCUCGAACAGAUGAAAAUGCUGUUAAGAGUGCUUCAAAAUUAAAUAUUGAUAUUACUAAAAUAGAAUGGAGGGUACCUACAAUUCAUCUUAAUGAUGUUGCAAGAUUACACAUGUUGGAUUUAAUAAAACGAAAUGUAACAAUUAAUGUAGCCUUUCGAAACUAUGAUUUGGUUACUUACCCAACUUUACCAACAACACAUAAGCAUUCAUGGAUGGUGAAAACAACAAAUAAUCUAAAUGCACCGCGUUAUGUUAUUUUUGCUAUGCAGACUGAUAGAAUAGAUGAUUUCAAGAAAAAUAAUCAAAUAUUUGAUUUUAACGAUCUAUCUUCUAUUCGUCUAUUUCUGAAUGAAAGACAAUUUCCCCAACAAGAUGUUUUUUUCCAAAAUUCGACAGGUGAAAUUGCAACACUUUACGAUAUGUAUCUUAGAUUUAAAUCAUCCUAUUAUAAUCAAGAAACAACUUAUGAACAUCCCUUAUUUGAUAUCGAGAAUUUUAUGGCUUUUUCGCCUAUUGUAUGCUUUGAUUGUUCAAGACAAAAUGAAAUCUUUACAACAAAUUCUGUGGAUAUUCGCAUUGAUUUUGAAUGUAAAAAACCUAUACCUGCUAAAACAACUGCUUAUAUGCUAUUGAUUUCUGAUUCGCUUUUCGAAUUAAAAAUGCAAACAGGGGAUAUUAAACGAAUAAUAUAA